AUGCUUCUCACCAGUGUCGGUAUUGCCUUCGUUUUGCCCUUUUUUGGGCAAAAUGUUGCUGCGAUCCAGGUCUGGGACAGUCUAGAUGACAUCCCUACCGCGGUCCCCUCUGAUUGUCGAAAUGCCCUAACUUACAAUAUGACUUGCGCGAACAGCCUUGUUACUGCACAGGAUGCUGCGAAUGGGGCCGCACUGGUUGGGGUGGCUGCCAAGACAUAUUGCACGAAAGAAUGUCACGAUUCCCUCCAGACCUUCCAGGAGAGCAUCCUUUCGGCCUGCGGAAAGAAGGAGUACCAGUUAUACAAGAAUAGCACGACAACGCAAUCGCCCGCGGUGGUAGCUGAUGGGUUGGUGUGGGCGUAUAGCCUGAUGUGUAUCCAAGACGCGUCUGGGUACUGUUUGGCUGAUCUCUAUAAUCGAACCAAGGCCCCGUGUUCUGAUUGCACCCUGAAGUACGGCUCGAUCAUGAUGAGCUCUGAUUACGGACGUAACAAGUUCCCGCCAGCCGCCUUCUCGUCAUUGCUUUCGUCUUGCAGCGUUCCAGCCUCGAGCUAUCCGUAUACCUACACGCCUUUGCCAACGGCGACCACGAUGGUAUCCACGCCAACAGGCGCAACAUCGACCACCGCCACACCGACUUGUACUGGCCACACCUAUAUAUCGAUCGAAGGGGAUACUUGCAAGUCAAUUUCUAAAGCUAACUCUGUCAGUACCGAUCAGCUUAUCAAGGUGAAUAAACUUGACUAUUCAUGCUCAAUGCUCAUUUCUGGGACGCCGCUUUGCAUCCAAGACACCUGUACUGUGUUUACAGUGCAGCAGAAUCAAACAUGCAAUGAUAUUAUCAAAGCCCAGUCAUUUGGAUUGGUGCAACUGAUAGGAUGGAAUCCAACAAUACACCAAAACUGCGAUAAUCUUGAUUCGAUGGUGGGAAGAAGUAUUUGCAUAUCGCCCCCAGGAGGAGGAGAGUUCAGCCUCCCCGACAGCACAAAUAAAACAUCCGCCGGGCUUCCGUCUUCUUUAAUUACCUCAUGGGUACCAGGAACUCCGGUAACCACAAUGGAUAAUAUCACCACUUCAUGGUAUUCGCCUAUCAUUGAUCCAAACUACACGCCUUCCAUUCCCACAUUCACGCCAAACGCCACACUCUCAAGCCUUCUCGCUGAACGAACCAAGUACUGCUGGAUUACCGCCGAAGAUGAGAAUAACGGCUUUAUCCCAGAGGAUGAUCUAUCGGAUAACUGCUAUUCGCUUUACGAAAGUUAUUGUGAUUUGGGCCCUACAGACCCAGUUCCGUCCCCAUCCCCGAGCGCCAUUCCCACAAGCUGCACGCCUACCUCGAGCAGUGCCAGCACAACAGAUAGCUCUCCAGCAACAACCACCACUUCUGGCAUCGCCACUCCAACGCCCACGCAGCCAAACAUGACAAAAGACUGCACCAAGUUCCAUAAGGUGGUUGACGGUGACAACUGCGCAACGAUCUCGAAGGAAUACGGGAUCUCACAAGCUGAUUUCCUGACAUGGAACCCAGACGUGGGAGCCGAUUGUAAAAAUCUGUGGCUUGACAAUUAUGUCUGCGUGGGCUCGACACCGACGUCUACUAGUGGUACCCCUCCACCCACAUCCACCAGUCCAGGCGUGGUCACUCCAACCCCAACCCAGCCAAAUAUGACAAAAGGCUGCACCAAAUUCCAUAUGGUGGUUGACGGUGACAACUGCGCAACGAUCUCGAGGGAAUAUGGGAUCUCACGAGCUGAUUUCCUGACGUGGAACCCAGAUGUGGGAACUAAUUGUACAAAUCUGUGGCUUGACAAUUAUGUCUGUGUGGAGGCUAGCCCAAGCUCUAACCCCAGCCCUACCACCACACUGAGCCCUUCACCGACCUCUGAGGCGACGCCAACGCCCACCUUGCCGAAGAUGGUCGAUGGCUGUAUUCAGUUUCACAAGGUUGAGGAUGGAGACAUAUGUGCAAGUAUCGCAACGCAGUACGGGAUCUCACAGGCCGACUUCCUCGCGUGGAAUCCCUAUGUGGGAGAUGGCUGCAAGAAUUUGUGGCUUGGCUACUAUGUAUGUGUGGGUAAGCAGUAG